AUGGGCGGCAGUCUUCACCCGGAAAAUGUAUUCGGAGGCAGCUUCGACAUCAGUCUAGCUGCAACAUACAUCGCGGGGUCCAUUCCUACCGAAUUUGUGAACCGCAUGUAUGGCGACAGUAUUGUUAGCGGAGCUUGUAUUCCGGGCGACACUCAAACGACGACGACGAUUUUGCCGCAAGAACAGCACCAAACCCGUCUCCUCCUCCUUCGCGCUCUUUUGGGCGAGACGAACGACGUCGUGGAUCGCGAUGCAGCUGCGUUCAGGGCGGGGGUUUGCCUUCCGCAGAAGAUGUCAAUCAUCCUCAUGUUCCCUGGGCACGCGCGAUACUCUCACCAGGUCAACAUCCUCCGUGCGCGGCAGACAGCUCCGACCCGCGCACAGUUGGCGGUCAUCAUCGCUCGGGAGGUGCUGCGGUUCCUGACGACAGCCCGUGAAGGCGGAGCUCCCCUGCAGUUCGGUGGAUCCGCUGUCGAGUUGCAGGAUCUCGUCCUCAUGGAAGUGCACCACGUGUCGAAGAGCAGCCUUCAGCCUGUCAUUGGACUCGCACAUCAGCGUGACAUACUGCGCGACAUCCACGCUUUGGGUUACUUUGGUACCCUCAAUGUCUGCUUGGACUUGACCAGCACGGUCGACGUUACCUCUUCCGCCUCCAAGUCCUCAACUCCUUCUCAACCUCCUUACUUGAACUUCGACAACUGCAACAAUAACAGCUACGCGGGGACCGAGUGCGCAGAGAUGGCGGAGCUCGGCGCGGGCAAGUGCAUCCACCGACUAUGA